AUGGAUGACAUCUACCAGCUGAACCACAAAUUCUCGCUUAAAACAUGUAAAAAGCCUCUAUCAAGCAUCACUGUCAACCGAGACAUUUCUAUCUUAAAGGCAUCUUCUCAGGCUCUUCCCCCAGAAAUAUACCCUUAUUCUCCAACCUCGCCUGGUUCACUGUCGUCUCAGUCUAAGUUUAACGACUGUGGGCUCUACUUGAGACAACCAACGGUAGCCCAGACUUUGCAGGCGAAGAAGCUUACGCAAGGUAAGAAGAAUCGGAAUUCAAGCUUCAAUGUAAGGAGUAAAAGGGUCUCCAUAAAGAGCCAGAAAUAGCCUCAAACCACAGAAAAUCAGCAAGCAUAACUUGAUAAAUAUUCAAAAAUAGAAUGAACGGAAUAAACCCAAGUAAAGACAUGUUGGAAUAUUUUAAGUUUGCCAAAAAGCUAAAGGAAGAAAAGAUAAAAAGAAAGAGACCGAACUCUUCCCUUUCAUCAUUCACUUCUGAAGAGAAUGUGAUCGCAGUUGCGUGUAUGAAUCGUCUCAGGAAGAACUCUAGCAUGGGUGAUCUUACUCGGAAGAAUGAUGUUGACUCUAAGAUCCCUAAGAAAUUUCAAGCUCUCAACAAGCUAUUUUGCAAUGUCGGCAUAAACUGUUGUAAACUUGGAGCUACCCCGAAAUCUUUGUUUCUGCUAAAGAGCUCUCAGACUAACAAGAAUGGCAAAAGUCGGAACAGUCUCUGAAGAGGCUCAGAAACAUAUGACGCAACCCCAAAGAUGUCCUUUCAGAGAGAUUUCUAUCGGAAUUAUUGCCCCAAGGAGCUUGCAGAGAUUCUUUACAGGGAUUAUACUGUGACUAAAGAGGAUAUUGUGGAUACAAUUGCCAAUGAUAUUAAAUUAAGAGGGAUACUAACUAAGAACAUCGAGCAGAUCAAAGCAAACAAGGUCAGUAAACUCAAAAAAAUCUCAAAGAAGCUCUCCCAAAAGACGUUGGAUCAGAGUAUGGCAGUCAGGAAGAGCAAGUUCAAAAUAAGACCCAAAAAAUCCCAGCUGAAAGUUAAGCUCUAAUCUAUU